UGUCUUUACUAACGUACCUCAUGCAAAGGUUGCUUUCCGCUCUGUUGCCUUCUACGUACCAGUGCGCUCUGGACUAGCGUAUCCGUUCGCGUUCGGCGUUUUCCUCGCAGCCGCAUUUUAUGUCCGACGUCACCCUGAAUCUCUAUCGACCUCAAUGUUGGUUCGCAUUGAAGUGGCCGAAUUAGGUAGUGGUAUCCGUCUUUGGAACUAGCGACACGUGUGUGACGGCUCGAUUCGGCAUGGCCGCAUCCUUCUUUUCCGCCUUCAAGGCGCCUUCUCGCAGCGGCAGCGCAUGGUUCUCAGUUGGCCUCGCCUCAUCAUUCCCAGACAUCACCGAGUCGGGCAGUACUGCUAUAUCUCAGCGGCUGCCAUGCAAGUCGUCUUCGGUACCAGGAUGCAAGGUCUUUCGUGUUUCACGCAACGACAGCUCUUCUGCUACCGAAGUACCUCUAGACGAUGUCCAAGAUCCCGAGUUGGGAGGGUUGAAGGAUCAGGUGUUGGUGUUCCAGUAUAAAGGAAAAUUUCAUGCGGUGAAUAACGAAUGUCCACACGCAUCAUACCCCCUGUCGAACGGAACCCCCUUUGAUAUUGAAGAUUUUGGGAUCAACCUAAGCUCUGGUCUCACAUGCCCGAAACACGGGUGGUCAUUCGAUCUCUUCAGGGGAAAUGGGGAUAGGGGAAACUAUAGAUUGGCUGUGUGGGAGGUUCAGUUACGUCCAGUUACGAGCAACACAGCUAUUGCCUGUACCGAGAGCACAAGUGAGGACGAUCCAGUCGAGGAAGUGUGGGUGAGGAGAAAACAGAGAAUGGGAUAGGCAUUGCUCAGUACGUAGUUAUUUAAUCUAAACCCCCGGGGUGUUGGUCAUAUCCAAGCUGUUGGACCAACAUAUCCUGCCCUGCACACAAUAUUGACUUAUAUGCAGAUACAGUAUUUACC